CACAAGUCUCAGGCAACACACACCAUAAGCGCCCUAGACUGCUGUCCCCUCCCCCUCCAGCCACAUUCCCGAGGGUGACUCAGACUUUCCCAGCCCAGUGAAGACACAUGGAGAUCCCAGGUAGACCAUGGCAGAGUUCUUCCACAAGCGGGGGAAGCACCGUGCCAAUGAGGGCCUGAGCAGCGUGGUAGACUUUCUCCUGGCCAAUGCUCGCCUGGUGCUGGGUGUGUGCGGGGCCGCCGUGUUGAGCAUUGCCACCUUGGCUGUAAAGCGGCUCAUUGACAGGGCCACCAGCCCUCCCGAUGAGGAUGACGCCAAGGGCGAGAGUUGGAAGGAACUGAAUUUGCUGAAGGCCACAUCACAUCAACAGCGCCAGCCCCCCCGUGCUGCCCUCAGCCAGCCCAUAACACCCCUGACCUCUGCUCCAGUGGGGCCCGUACGCACUCAUCCUCAGAUGUCACCUCAGCUUAGCGCCCCAGCACCACUAUGCCUGACGUUCCAGGAGAAGCUGCUGGCUUUCGAGCGGAACCACGUGGCUAUCCCAGAAGCCCAUGUGGCUUUGGCCAAACAGCUGGCUGGCGAUAUUGCACUGGAGCUGCAGGCCUAUUUGCAGAGCAAGUUCCCAGAACUGCCCUUUGGUGCACUCGUGCCAGGUGGACCUCUCUAUGACGGGCUACAGGCAGGGGCUGUGGAGCGUGUGCGUCUGCUGGCACCACUGGUUCUGGAGCCGGGCCUGUGGAGCCUGGUGCCCGGCAUGGACACUGUGGCCAGGGACCCUCGCUGCUGGGCCGUGCGCAGGACCCACCUUGAGUUCCAUCCCCGUGGUAGCAGCCCUUGGGACCGCUUCCUGGUGGGGGGCUACCUCUCCCCUCGCAUCCUGCUGGAGCUGCUCCGAAAGGCCCUGACUGCCUCUGUCAACUGGCCUGCCAUUGGCACCCUGCUUGGGUGUCUGAUCCGGCCCAGUGUGGCCUCAGAGGAGCUGUUGCUGGAGGUGCAGCAUGAGCACCUCGAGUUCACUGUGGCCAUGCUCAUGGUGAUCCCCGGGUCCAGUGCAGAUGACCGCCUCCUGCUGGCUUGGCCCCUGGAGGGGCUGGCUGGGAAUCUGUGGCUACAGGACCUGUAUCCAGUAGAGGCCACUAGGUUGCGGACCCUGGAUGACCAGGAUGCCGGCACUCGCCGGAGGCUGCUGCUGUUGCUGUGUGGUGUGUGUCAUGGCCACCCAGCCCUGAGACAGCUGGACCGGGGACACCUGACCCAAGUGGUUCUACGUCUGAGUGAGGAGGAAGUGGCCUGGACUGAGGAGGCCUUGGGGGACCGCUUUCUACAGGCCCUGGAGUUGCUUGUGUGUAACUUGGAGCAGGCCAACUUACCCUGUCACUUCAACCCCAGCGUGAACCUCUUGGGCACCUUGCGAGAGGAGACGAUCGAUGACAUUGGCUACGCGUUGUAUAGUGGUUUGCAGGCACCUGAGAGUCUUCUGUGAGGCCAGGGACUGGGGUUGGCUUGUUUUCUGAUGCUGGAAAGCUGCUGCAGCCACUGACCUCCCAGGGACCUGCAGAAUGGGUUUUGCUUGCUUUUAGCCAGAGCAAAGAAGGAGAAAAUACUUGAGCCCAUGGAUGGGCAUGUGUCUACGUCAUGCCUGCCCAGAUCUCAGAGUCUAGAGAAUCUGGGUAGCUGUCACCUGAGUGUGGCUGGCCUACCCUGGCUGCCAGCUUGCAGUGCCAGCCACUCUGAUGUCCCCUCAACCUUCUGGGGUUGACUCAGGACCUCAGACUCAGCCCAUUGUCACCAGCAACAAAUCUGCCAAGAGCAUAAUGUGGCUUCUGCCUUCUUAGGUGACUGCCUGGCAAGGGCCAGUUCCAUCAUUCUUCUGAGAGAGAAUUUUCUUGGGCACCCAGAGCUGGUCAUUGAAUGUCCUGUGUUAGCUAUGUCCCCGAGUCACGUGGUGUCCUGGCUUAGCUGUUGAAGAGUUUUCCCUGAGGUCCAUGCAUUUGUUUUACUGGUCAAGUCGGGCUGUACAGCCGUUUGGUCUCACCUGCUCCCCAUCUUAUACCUCAGGGAAGACCCUGUUCCUCCCACUGGGUGAAUUUUCUGUACAGGCUGCAAAGUCCUCUCGAGCCCCUUCCUUGCUGGGGGAGCAGAGCUGUGUGCUGCUGUCCCACAGUGGCCAUUCUUGGAUCUCACUGGAGGCAGAGGACAUGCCCUUCCCAGAGACCCAUGUGCAGCCCUGGCCUCUGCAGUGUGCCAAAAUGAACUGCUUCUGGCGGACGUCUUUGUUCUGACCUUACAGCCUGAGGUAGCAGGGCUGGAGGAAGGAGACCGCUUCUCUUCCCAGGGGCCCCUCUAGUCUUUGGAUCUACUCCCAAGCUGAUAAAAAGCUAUGCCUUGAGGAAUGUGAACAGGAAUAAAAGAAAAUUCUUACCCGUGUGUGAUUCUUGCUGGGAAAGGCAAUCUUGGCACUUUCAUAGUUGGCUAUUUGGAGCUUUAUGAGUGAGUCCUGUGGUUUGGCCUAGUAGCUUGAGGUCAACUUGGAGGUGGUAGGGUUUCAGUACUUACUGUUUUUAGGGAUAUAGAGAUGGCUCAGUGGGUAAAAGUUCUUGCCACUCAAGCUGAAAUACCUAAGUUCAACCCCCAGGCCCCAUAUAAAAAGCAGGAAGCCAUGGUAGGUUUCUAUAAUCCUAGCAUGCUGCAGCCUAUGGAGCGAUGGCAGGCAUUAAAGGUAUGUACUACCAUGCCCGGAAAAAAAAAAAAAAAUUUUGA